UUGGUCGACAAAGUGCGCGAAAUCGAGGCUAUAAAGUUAAACGAAGAUUUUGUGCGGAAGAAAUACGAAAAGUCUGAGCAGGCGUUAGUAGCAACAGUGGGUGCAUCCUUUCCGAAGGGCCCCAGUCGCAAAUUUGAUUAUAAGCCUCAGAGGGUUUCACAAAACUACGGUGGCAGGUCUUUCAGAGGCAGUUCCCGAGCCCAACGAACUGGACAGAUCUAUGCUGGCAGCAGUCCAUCGUUCCGAUCAACACGUGGAGAAAAAUGCUGGCGUUGCCACAGCCCGUAUCAUGGAGGUAAUGAUUGCAGCCACAAAGAUAAAAGGUGUAAUUAUUGUGGCAUUCUUGGUCAUAUCCAACGAGCUUGCCGCUCGCAUCGUCAUGUGUCAGGAGUCAAGCGUCCAACUGACUUGAUGGAAGACGCGCCCCAGUCACGGAAGAUAGCCGCAAUCGAAGAGGUUAAAGAUGAUGCAGAAUCUGAUCAAACAACACAUCUGAAGCCGGAACGAGCCAUAAGACAAAUCGCAAAUGCACCUCAUGUUAACAAAAUUCCGAUCAGUAACAGAGAAGAGACAAGACAGAAAUCCGUACGAAUAGCGAUCGAAACGGCGAACAUUUUGGAUAACAAGAGUGGUUUGCUAAAGUCAUCCAAAAAUGCUUCAAACUCAACCGCAGAAAAUGAUUUGAAUGCUCAGAACAGCGGAAACGAACAGAACCAUACUGAGCCCACGAAAACAGAAACCUCCGGGCUCAGUACGGUGUUUCACAUAGCAUCAAAUUGUCAACGUAUUGGCGUAGAUGAGGCUAUAAUCACUGCUACAGUAUCAGGAAUGCCGUGCGUUUUCAUGAUUGAUUCAGGGGCGCAAGUAAACACAUUUACUGAGGAUAUGUUUAAGCAACUGACAAUGAACGCGAACUAUUGGAACAAGACUCUGCAAAUAUGCCGUCAAUGUAUCGUCAGCCUUGGUGAGGAAAAUUGUAUUACUAUUAUCGGCGCUUGCGGUUAA